GGUGUCGAGGUAGAUCUCGCUGACUCAUCACUACAUUGUCUGCCUGACGGCUCAGGUGUCAGCAGCCCUGAGCCCUCUCGCGUAAUUUGGAACCCACACAAGGCAAAAUCAUCUUCACAUCCACCUCUUCCUCCAAGUCCACCCAAAUCUCCCUCCAACCUCGUCGUCCGAGCUCAACGCCCUCCACCCACCUUCAAGAUGGAUUCCAGCAAGCAGCCCGUCAAGCUCGCCAAGGUGACCCGUGUCCUCGGCCGCACCGGCUCCCGUGGUGGUGUCACCCAGGUCCGCGUCGAGUUCAUGGAUGACCCGUCCCGUUCCAUCAUCCGUAACGUCAAGGGCCCAGUCAAGGUUGACGACAUCCUCUGCCUGCUCGAGUCCGAGCGUGAGGCCCGCCGUCUCCGUUAAAAUCCC